UCCUUUAGAGAUUGGUUUUUAUGGGAACAGACCAAAACUGUUUAUAGUCUACGUACAUUUAACAAAUCCAUCUGUAUAAUAUGUUCAAACUACCCCAAUCAAUUAUUGUGUACAUCUUGCUCACUCACAUGUAUAUAUGGUCUCACCUGUACAUAGGUUUUCGUCUGUAAAUAUUGUCCAUAUGCUAUAAAACUAACCUGUACCACUUAUGAACUAUUUAUGCUACAUGCACAUACUUCUUACUACACUUAUGUUAGAUGCUAAAACUGAUGACAAUAAAGUUGUAGCUAAUCUAGUAUUAGGACAUAGGUCAUAAUGUUAUGCCUGAUCAAUGUACACAUAACAUGCAUGAUAUGUGCACGUAAUAAUGCACAUCUGGUUUGUGUAAAUGUUCUUCUAUUAACACUUCUAUUAGUUUCCUGUUAGUGGGAACCGGAGAGGAGGGAGGAGAGUUGGCUCCAUACAUUUCCUGUCUUUUCCUCCCUCUUCUUGGUUCUAAGCUGGGUGGUGACGCUCAGUUCUAACAGGUUCAGAUAUUUCUUGGGGAUUUCUAACAUUUCUUUGGUCUUUCUUCAUCUUUCUUUGGUCUUUUAUUUUUUUUAAAAAAAGAGUCACUGGAUGCAUACUUCCAGCUGCGCAGUUUGAGAUUCCAUGCAGAAGCAGACAAACGAACCAGAGCAUAGGAUUUUCUUCAAGCCUUAAAAGGAACAAACCGCUGCUCUUCAUGGCUCAGGGUGUGUGUGGCUCCAUCUGCAAAUGUAUUCUCUAUAUUUUCAUUGCAGUCCUUGUGCUGAUGGGUUUCUAUACCCUGCGACUUGGGCUGCUGCUGCGGUUCAGUAUGAACACCAUACACUUGUUUCGUGAGCAGGGUUCCAGCUCAAAUGCAUUUACUAGAGCUGUGAAAGUAAUGAUAGUUCUCGGAUUAGUGUUGCUGGUUUGUGCUUGGACUGGAAAAAAGGGCGUCUACAAUGGCAAUAAAAAAGCUCUGGAAUGGUUUGCUGUCUUUCUGACUUGUCUGUCUACAACUGCAUUUGCUGCCGGAGACUUUGCUUAUUCUCAACGUGAUGAGGUCGGCAAGUCCCUGGAAGAGUUCUACAUAAUUAUAUACACUGUAUAUGCAGUCAGUGGAGACCAAGCCGUGGGCAUCACUCUCACAUUCAUCCAACACUUGUUUCAUUGCUGUGGAAUAACAGGAGUCUCACUAAUAGAAUUAGUUAAACAGACCUGUCCAGCACCAGAUGGGAUAACAGAGAUUCUUUAUAUGCCUAGUUGUCCAAAGCUCAUUGAACAAACCUUUAAGACCAAAUCAAUGGCAUCAGUGGUGAAGGCCAUGUUCUAUCAAACUGGACAGUAUCUGGUUGGAGCUCUGCUUUGCAGCAUCAUCCUCAUUUCCCAACUGUAUCAUCCUGGAUACUGAGAAGGAAACUCAACUAGCAGUACUGUAUUUCAACUUCUUCUUCGCUUCAGUUUUGGGACCAGAUUUCUUUCAUAGGUGAAUUCAAAUCACAUUAAAAGUUAUGUUACGCUGGUAAACCAGAAAAAAUGUUUAUCUGUUCUGUUUAUGUCCAGAAAGACCUCAGGACUGGCAAGAAAAUAAAGUGUGAUAGAAAUAUUCUGUAGACUUUUAAAACAGCUGUAUGGACAUUUCUGUAAAUGCUGGUUUGAUUUUAUUCCAAUUAAACAUAAGGUGUCCUGUUUGGAGAGCAAACAGCUGAACGCCUUUGAUUGCUCA